AUGCCGAAGAACUGUGCUGCAUUCUGUGGGUUGGUUAGGCAUGGCAACCAGGAUUCUGGAAGCAAGAAAGAUGCGCGAGGAUCUCCGAUGUCAGUUGACUUCUCGCAAUCAAGGGAUAUAUCUGUGAGGAUAGUUCAUGCAGGUGGGCAAGAGGAACUAUAUCAAAAUGCCGUUCCUGUAUCCCAUCUGAUGAAUAAAUAUCCAGGGAUGUGUAUUGCACGUCCGGAAGUUUUUACGAAUCCUGAUGAGUCCCUUUUAUGGCCUGAAGAUAGCUUGUUGCCUGGCCAAAAGUAUUACAUUAUCCCAUCCUCUACAGUGGAAAAACUGAAAUAUAGACACAGGAAGAAGCUUAAAUUCAAACAAGCUGCUGAAGGUAGAGAAGAUAUGUCAGAUGCAAGGAUCACUUGGGAUAUAUCUGGAGAAAACUUGGAGGAAUCUGUUAAUUCUGCACAAGAAUUCUAUGUUACCAAGCCUUCCAAGGUACCUAAAGUUCCAAAGGAGAGGGUGUCGAAACAUUCACUGCGAAGGAGUAGAAGGGUAAAGAAGCCUUUUGUACCUCCACUCCCAAGGACAGGAUUGUUGCGGGAAUCAGAGGGCCUUUUUGAGAAGCAUGCUGAUUCAAUAUUAUUUAUCCUUUGAGAUAUGCUUUUCAUGCCAUGAUUACUACUUGAUAAGAUUAUUGGAAAACAUUCUUUGCACCAGUUUGGUUCUGGCGGACUGAAUGCUCUUUAAAAUGCUCAA